AUGGACAGCUCUAUAAAAACAAUUUUCCAACCUUUGGAGGAGGCAGUUCGAAAGAAAUUGGAUCCUGAAUAUGUCAAACUGCACGACGAUAUCUUACAGUACUGCAAACCCAGCGAGUUAGAGCCAUGGGAUGCAGAGUGGAGAUUCAGGCCUAAUCCCAUUGGAUUCGCUAGUCCAAUUUUGGUGGAAGUUGGUAAUGUCGUGGACAUCAGUAUCGAUGAGUUUCAGGCCCGGGUGUUUACGCCUGAGACCGAGGCACCUGCUGGUGGAUGGCCGUGUUUUGUAUACUACCAUGGCGGGGGAUGGGUACUUGGUGGCCUUAACAGUGAAAAUGGGUUUCUAAGACACAUAUGUAAAUAUCUCAACUGCACCGUCGUUUCGAUCAAUUACCGCCAUGCACCCGAGCAUUGUUAUCCCGUCGCUAUUGAAGACUCUCUGGCUGGAUUGAAAUGGAUCCUAGCGCUGGAGACUGCUACGAGACUGUCGAUCAAUACAUCUAAAAUAGCUAUUGGAGGACUUUCAGCGGGCGGUGGGCUAGCAGCAAUAGUGUCGAUGCAAGCGGCACUCGAUUCUAGCAUUCCGGAUAACAUCAUCUAUCAGAUACUUAUAUGCCCGGUCAUCGAUAACACUGCCACUGUUGAUACGGCAUGGGCGACAUCUAAGCACUCCCCGUGGCUGACGCCCUCACGAAUGACAUGGUAUCGGAAUAUGUAUUUUCAAUCUGAAGACAAAGCGAGGAAUUGGGACGCCUCACCAUGUUUUGCACCGGCAGAAGUGCUGGAAAAAAGCCCAAGCACAUUCAUCGCCAUCGCAGAGUGUGACCUUCUUGCUCCCGAGGCUCGUCAAUAUGGCGAGUCGCUACAGAAGUGCGGUGUCGCAGUUGAAAUUGAAUCGUAUAGCGGAGCUACGCACUCCAUACUAAUUUUGGCUGGGUACAUUAACCCCUGAUGCUCGCUUUCCGUUCGAUGCGCUGAUACACUCCGCCUGCCAGUCUGCAUGAAAUUGGAAGGAAAUUGAUACACGACGUGUG